CAGUGUGGUUAAGGUUAGGUUUAAAAUCUGAUUUUAAGAAGAGAAAUUGUAGAAAUAGGCGAGGGUUUAGGACUUUGUGGCUGUGGUAACUAGGGACGACCGGGGUGUGUUCAAACCGAUCGUUUAAAAUCCUACAGACAUGCGCACGGCGCUUCGGUUUGAAGAGAAUACGCCAUAUUGAAUCACCGUAGACUUCUGCUAGCGAUUUUCAGCUAGCUGUUUGAAAAGGACCGGUCUUCUAAUGGUCUUCAUUUGGCGUUACCAUUUAUCUCUGUAUUUGUAACACGGGUUAUUAUCACAUUUCUUUAGUCAGGGCAGUAGUGUAUUUUUAACGGGCACAUUGAUUUGCUUGAAGGGGGUUCCGAAAAAAAGUUGAAUGGAUCCGAGGGUGGCUUGGAAUCAGCCCGAGCAGAAAGGACCUGCGAACGCAUCAUGGAUGCGAAUCUGGGAGAUGUCUCAGUCUCCAUGAGGAGGUGGUGGACUUCUACAACUUCAUGUCUCCCCAACCCGAGGAGGCUUCUAUGAGGAAGGAGGUGGUCAACAGAAUCGAGACGGUCAUCAAGGAGCUGUGGCCUACUGCUGACGUGCAGAUAUUUGGCAGCUUCAGCACUGGACUCUACCUACCCACAAGUGACAUAGACCUGGUGGUGUUUGGGAAGUGGGAACGCCCCCCUCUGCAGCAAUUGGAACAGGCCCUCCGGAAACACAACGUGGCGGAACCUUUCUCCAUCAAAGUGCUGGACAAAGCUACAGUGCCAAUCAUCAAGCUGACUGACCAGGAGACAGACGUCAAAGUGGACAUCAGCUUCAAUGUGGAGACGGGAGUCAAAGCUGCUCUCUUCAUCAAGGACUACACAAAGAGGUAUCCCGUGCUGCCUUACCUGAUCUUUGUGCUGAAGCAAUUUCUGCUCCAGAGAGAUCUCAACGAGGUGUUCACUGGAGGAAUCAGCUCCUACAGCCUCAUCCUGAUGGUCAUUAGCUUCCUCCAGCUCCACCCAAGAAUUGACGCCAGUAGCCCCAACAUCAACCUUGGCAUCCUGCUGAUUGAGUUCUUUGAGCUGUACGGCCGCCAUUUUAACUACCUGAAGACGGGCAUCCGUGUCAAGAACGGAGGGGCCUACAUGGCCAAGGAGGACAUGACGAAGGUUAUGACCAACGGCUACAGACCCUCCAUGCUCUGUAUAGAGGACCCACUGAUGCCAGGUAACGACGUUGGCAGGAGUUCAUACGGAGCCAUGCAAGUCAAGCAGGUGUUUGACUACGCUUACAUCGUCCUUGGUCACGCCGUGUCACCGCUAGCACGCUCCUACCCCAAUAAGGACAUCGACAGCACUUUGGGGAGGAUAAUCAAGGUGACCCAGGAAGUGAUUGACUACAGGGAGUGGAUCAUGACGAAGUGGGGAGGAAGGCACCUCGCCCGCAUGGAGAGCCGUGGUUCUGUCCUGGAGCAGGACCCAGCACGGUGUGUGUUGGGUGUAGGUGUGGAGGAACAGAGGGACUCGGUCUCCCCUCACAGUGCAGACUCCCCCAUGUCCCUGUCCAGUCCUCACCAACACUCCUCAGCCUCCUCGGUCUCCUCUCUGUCCGGGUCAGACAAUGACUCUGAUUCGACGCCAUGCCCUGGCCGCCCUCCGGCGCUGCCCCCCUACACCCUCCAGUCUCUGGGUAUGACUCUACCCCUGGGCCUGGCACUGGGCAAGACUGGCAUCAACCAGCAGCACCUCAUCAUGUCCCCUGGCUCACAGGCGUGUAUGUCUUUGCCCAGUGGCCUGACGAUGCACUCCUUACCUGUCAGACAGGUGGGUAUAGACAUGACCCCCCCUACCCACCACCCUGCCCACCAUAACCCUCAUGCCCCCUCCAACCCCCAGCCUCUGUCCAGCCCCCACCCCACCAGCCACACACACCAGAAUGGUCCUAAGUUUCACCUGAAAGGCUUCCACAAUCCAGCUGUGGUCCACAGUCCCGCCCUGGCCAACCGCGCCCACACGCACCCUCUCACACAUGCCCACACACACUCACACACGCAGUACCGCAACACCUGGCGCCGUCGGAAGAGGGACAGCCUGCCAGUAAGCCUGAGCAGAUAAAGGAUAAAACAUCCCCGUUUCCUCUCCUCCCUUCAUCCCUCUCUCAUUCUGACUGAUUGGGAAGACAACUUCAUGAGACAAUGCUCCCUGCUGUUCAACUUGGAGGACAGGCAGGCAGAGGCACCAGACCAGCAUUGGGAUUCAUUCAACACUUUGGGCUGCUGAACUUUGGCCCCGAGGAGGGAAAGAAGUGUAGCUCUGGGAAAACUCUUUCUCCAUCACUCAUCCUCUCCCCAUUUGUGCAUGUUUUUUACUGCGCAAUGAAACAACGGCCAACGAUACGGGAACGAGCAGUGCGGCUAGCAAACAGAACGCAGCGCAACCCAACGUGCAUUCUGACCCCAGAACUUUUCCGCAGCGCUCCAGUCUUUCGCUUCCUGUUUGGGAUCCACCUUUUGUUUUCUUUUCGUUAAUGUUUAUUGUUCACAUUAAUAUUUUUAAAAAUUGCGCUUUGCCCUUUUUCACAUACGUUCAAGGAGACUGAGGAUAGUGACAUCUUUGCCAGGUGGAAGUAGCGAAAGACCAGUGUCGUAUUGUAAAUUGAGUUUAUUUUAGUUUUUUUGACUUGGUUGCGUUGUGAAGGCCUUUGUCCUUGAACCCUGUAGCCAAGCUGUAUCUUAUUCAGUGUUCACACAUUGGACGGUUUCUAAUUUGUGCAAUAAUGUGUUCUAUUUUUUUAUUUUUUAUCUUAUCAAUCUUUAUUUAAUUUUAUCAUUUGUGUAUGUAAAUUAAUUUUGGUGUUAUGUUUUUAAGAUUGUAGGUUUGUUUUUUUUGCCAAGAGUUUACAGAACCUUUCCCCAGAUGGCCUCCGGUCUGGAGAGUGUGUGACGGAGUGUGUGUCUGUGUCAAGAGUGUGUGACGGAGUGUGUGUCUGUGUCAAGAGUAUGUGUCAAUUGGUGAGUUGUGUGUAUCUUGUUGGUGUCAAAGUAUAGUUGAACCCCCCCCCCCCCAUGGGUGUUUUAUAAUGUGUGAAAAGGAAGAAUCAGAAGGAGAUAAGUGGCUUCAGACUACUGCAAUGCAACCUCUAUUGUUGACAGGUUAAACGUCUGUAAUCUCACAUUGUCUCACUAGAUGGAGCUCUUACUAUAGCAGAGUCACAGUGGACUGAUUGACUGAGCUCUUACUAUAGCAGAGUCACAGUUGACUGACGGACUGACUGACUGAGCUCUUACUAUAGCAGAGUCACAGUGGACUGACUGACGGACUGACUGAGCUCUUACUAUAGCAGAGUAACAGUGGACUGACUGCCUGAGCUCUUACUAUAGCAGAGUCACAGUGGACUGACUGACUGAGCUCUUACUAUAGCAGAGUCACAGUGGACUGACUGACUGAGCUCUUACUAUAGCAGAGUCACAGUGGACUGACUGACUGAGCUCUUACUAUAGCAGAGUCACAGUGGACUGACUGACUGAGCUCUUACUAUAGCAGAGUCACAGUGGACUGACUGACUGAGCUCUUACUAUAGCAGAGUCACAGUGGACUGACUGAGCUCUUACUAUAGCAGAGUCACAGUGGACUGACUGACGGACUGACUGAGCUCUUACUAUAGCAGAGUCACAGUGGACUGACUGACUGAGCUCUUAUUAUAGCAGAGUCACAGUGGACUGACUGACUGACUGACUGAGCUCUUACUAUAGCAGAGUCACAGUGGACUGACUGACGGACUGACUGAGCUCUUACUAUAGCAGAGUAACAGUGGACUGACUGCCUGAGCUCUUACUAUAGCAGAGUCACAGUGGACUGACUGACUGAGCUCUUACUAUAGCAGAGUCACAGUGGACUGACUGACUGGCUGAGCUCUUACUAUAGCAGAGUCACAGUGGACUGACUGACUGACUGAGCUCUUACUAUAGCAGAGUCACAGUGGACUGACUGCGCUCUUACUAUAGCAGAGUCACAGUGGACUGACUGACUGAGCUCUUACUAUAGCAGAGUCACAGUGGACUGACUGACUGAGCUCUUACUAUAGCAGAGUCACAGUGGACUGACUGACUGAGCUCUUACUAUAGCAGAGUCACAGUGGACUGACUGACUGAGCUCUUACUAUAGCAGAGUCACAGUGGACUGACUGACUGAGCUCUUACUAUAGCAGAGUCACAGUGGACUGACUGAGCUCUUACUAUAGCAGAGUCACAGUGGACUGACUGACUGACUGAGCUCUUACUAUAGCAGAGUCCCAGUGGACUGACUGACUGGCUGAGCUCUUACUAUAGCAGAGUCACAGUGGACUGACUGACUGACUGAGCUCUUACUAUAGCAGAGUCACAGUGGACUGACUGCGCUCUUACUAUAGCGGAGUCACAGUGGACUGACUGACUGGCUGAGCUCUGACUAUAGCAGAGUCACAGCGGACUGACUGAGCUCUUACUAUAGCAGAGUCACAGCGGACUGACUGACUGGCUGAGCUCUGACUAUAGCAGAGUCACAGUGGGCUGACUGACUGAGCUCUUACUAUAGCAGAGUCACAGUGGACUGACUGCGCUCUUACUAUAGCAGAGUCACAGUGGACUGACUGACUGACUGAGCUCUUACUAUAGCAGAGUCACAGUGGACUGACUGACUGACUGACUGAGCUCUUACUAUAGCAGAGUCACAGUGGACUGACUGAGCUCUUACUAUAGCAGAGUCACAGAGGACUGACUGACUGAGCUCUUACUAUAGCAGAGUCACAGCGGACUGACUGACUGAGCUCUUACUAUAGCAGAGUCACAGUGGACUGACUGAGCUCUUACUAUAGCAGAGUCACAGUGGACUGACUGAGCUCUUACUAUAGCAGAGUCACAGUGGACUGACUGACUGAGCUCUUACUAUAGCAGAGUCACAGUGGACUGACUGAGCUCUUACUAUAGCAGAGUCACAGUGGACUGAGUUCUUAUUCACGCCCAAACCAUAGCUGUUGUUUUUAAAACCCUUAUCUUUAUUUGGUGCUUGUGUGUGUGUGUGCGUGCGUGCGUGCGUGUCAGUCAUAGGAGGACUUAGUCACCUAACGUUUGUGCCAUUUCCGCUACUCAGUCCUAGUGUAGAGUAGAGCUGAAAACUCUUCCCCAUUGCAGGAGUUUGGCACAGGCCAAAUACAUAUUGUAUGCUCCAAGUGUGUUUCUGGUAGUGUAUGUAUGUCAUUUUUUAAAGAUGUGCAUGGUAUGGUGGUGGAGUUAGAUGAAGGAAUAGCAAAAAUGACCUGAAGAUUGGUGAGUGGUGUGAAAUGGCAACUUACCCCCUAUGUCAAGUAGUGAACUACAUAGGGGAUAGGGUACCAUUUAGACAUGCCCUAAAAAACUAGGUGCUCUAAAGGCUAAAGGGUCUUUCUUCUUAGCAGGGGAGAAAGUUCUGGAGACCUCUGGACAGUGGAGGAAAGGGAAUCAUUUUGAUUCCAUUCUGGAAUCUAGUGUAUAUUUGAUUGCCAAGUACUUCCGCUAGUUGUUUGUCUUUUCUUUGUGUUUAAUUGUGUGUGUGUGUGUCUCGUCUCUGCAAGUACAUAGCCCCACACACACACAUACGAGUGACUGUGUGGCUGAGGCUCAGCGCGGUAGCUACACACUGAACAUAUGAUGUUAUUACUAUGCAAGUGGGUUAUUUUUGAGUGCCCCAGUAUUUCUGUUUCCAAUGACAACCACUGCUUCUUGGAUCGGAGUGACGUUACUGUAAACUCCAGUUUGAACGACUAGGCCUGUAAUUGGUGGGCUUGGCUAGAUGGUGGUUAGCCAGCCUCAGCCCAGUUACAAGUGAACCACAACACUCUGUCUUUGUAUGCAAGUCCUGAUGUUUUAAAAGUCUAGUUUUGUAUUUCUAUCUGGCAGAAAGUCUAUGGAAGGGGGUGUGUGUUUAAGUGGUUGGGUAUCUGUAUGUCUGGCUUGUCUGAGCGAAUAGCAAGACUGUUUUUUGUUUUCAAAUGACACCCUAUUCUCUAUAUAGCGCAUGCUAUUGUACUCUAGUGCUGUUCUAAAGUUAGUGCCCUAAUAUAGGGGUACGGGUGUCAUUUGAGUGCACAUGAGGAGCGACUUGCACUCUGUAGUGGACGACUUCAUACCCUUCCUAGUGCACUAUAGUCCUCUACCCUUCCUGAGACUGUGUUAGGCGCCAACGUCACUCUCUGUAAUGUUACUAUAGCAACUUUUAACCACCAAUCAAAACUCGACCUGGCCAAUAUAUCGCCUUUGACAGGGUCGUCGGCCCCAAAUGGCAUCCUGUUCUGAUUGUAUUGCACUACUUUUGAUUAGAUCUUUGUAGUGUCUUGUGGAAGGUAGCUGGGCUAUAUAGGACAUAGGGUGCCAUUUGGGACUCAAGCUGUGUCUGCUUUUAGAGAAUAGAACCAUCAUCUGUCAGAGAGAUGAGCUCAAACACUAUCUCUGGUUGGAGAUUUGUCAAGCCUGUCAGUUGUCCACCAUUUUUACAGAUUCUAUUGAGACUGAAAUGCAGUGUGACGUCUGUAUGGAUUCAGCUCUGUGUGCAUCCCAAUGGUCUACACAAGCUUCCUCCCCUCACGUCCUUUAUCUGAUCUAAAAGAAAUUGGAACAGGUAAAAGCCAAUCCUUUGGUAGAUCGGAGAGAUGUGGAGGAGAGGAAGCCUCUUUAGACCAUUGAGAACAAGAAACACAUGUACACAUAGAUGCAAUGUAAUGCACUCCAUUGCAUCACAAUGAGGGAUUUUAAACUUAACGGCCGCCAUUUUGUGAAAGGUGGCGGCUCUUCUGUCAUGGCCAACUCAUCUGAAGAGGAACUCCUAAAAUGAUCGCCAAACUAGCGGCGGUCACAGAGUGACAGCCUGGCUUUUGUUUUGAACUUCUUUUUUUAUGUACCAGUAUAUUUUUUUCUAUUUUAUUUUUUAUUAAACAUCAUAAAACUGCCAGUUA